AUGUUGCCCACAGCUGGCUUGUUCCUACCGGAAACACUGCAUCGGGCUGAUCUCCCCACUUCAGCGCCUACGGAAACUGACGGAACGAGGCUGAGGUACUUUCAACGCAAGAUCGGGCGGCCGAAGCUGGAGCCCAGCAGCUCUGAAGACCUUCGACCAUCAACUGCCAUUCCGAGAGACACCCCAGACGAUGUAUCGCGCGACUUUCCAGCAAUUCCGACUACAUAUUACUUCGCCGAUUAUGUUCUUUCUUCUGAGAAGGCUUCAACAGAGACUAUUGCUUUCGUGAGUAUCAUCCAACAAGUACGACAAGAUAUCGAGGAAGCGACACGCCUUUCUAUCUCAUCGGCGGUCUCAAACUUUCUGGAUGCUUACCCAAGCAAGCGAAGAUGGAUCGAGGAUUCCUUGCUCGAAGUGCGGCGUGCUCUCAAUGACAUUGGCAUGGAUAUGGACACAGCCUGGGGCCAUGAAGGAGAUGGAGGCACAGUUGCAUCGAAGCGCAAGCUUGAGUGGGGUCUGAAGAAUCAGAAGAGGCUUCUAAAAAAGAAGCAACAACUAGAUCGAUGUCAUACCCAGUUGACGGGCGCUAUUUACGUUAUGCAGACCGCAGAGCUGUGCGGUAAACCUGGGUCCAUCGCGCAAGAUCCCAUUUUCGAGGCUCCUGUGCGACCGUGGGUACCUUACGAUGAGAAGGAUGCGCUACGUGGACCUUAUUCGAGGCAAAAGAACCGGACAGCGAGUCACACUAGCUUGUUUGCGUCAAACGUCACUCUGGCAUCCGAAGCCGAAAAGCACGACGUUGAGACCAGUAGUGUCAACUCAGUGCCAGUGGAGUUGGCGGGUAGCACGCCGGCUGACUUGGACCUGGUGGAAAGUCGGAACUCACAGACCUUCCUAAGCCCCCGUGUGUCUCGCGAGUCGCAAAUCGAAACUCCAGCGUUGCAUAGAAGGCCGCGAGCACGUACAGACUACAAUCGGCAGUCCAAACCUCGAGAAUCAAGAUCUCGUACCUCCAUCGAUAUCGCUAUCUCUUCUUCGAAGGAUGCUAAUACAUCAAUUGAGCGCAACGAUUCUACUCUGUCCACCCAAGCAACAGUCGGCGUGCCCAUGGUAGCGAGACGAUACCGAGCAACUUCAAUCGACAUACAAAGACAUGGUGAGAAGCACAGGUCGUUGCCGUCGGAACUUCCGUAUCUAAAGAGCCAACCGUCACUUAUUGAUGAUUUAGCGGGUUAUGUGCUACCCAGUGCAGCAAGCGACAAGUUGCCGAGUAGAGAAUGGACAGCUUCGCCUACGCUGUCGGUUCCAUCCAUUUCCUUGACUUCGAGCCCGACAAUCGGUCACACAUUACCCGUAGUUCCCGAAACUACAUCAACGGCAGAUACUGUGACAAGUAGUCUGUCAAAUCUUGCAAUCGAAGCGGCUGAGGCGCAACUUCCCUUCAGGCAGCUGAUUCCAAGCAGUACAGGGCCCAUCCAAUAUCCACAGCAUGAGCGCCGAGACAAGGACACGCUUCCAGCGUGUAUAGAUGGUUCUAGCUCGCGAAGAACCAGCUCGGACUCUGCUGAACAUGCGACGACACCGUCAUCUUACUAUGCAACCUCGCUGCAUACGCUACGUUCACCCAGCUCUCUUGUCAAUGUUACGAUAUUUACCGAUGAUGAACCCGUCCGUCGACCGAGUAGUCAGCGGCCGUCGCAACGUAUGUCAAAGAGAAUGUCGCAAACUUCGAGCAGCAGAUCAGCCAACGCGGCGCCGUCACCCACGAUUACCACCGUUGCUGAAACCCUGACAGCACCUGUCCACUCGGAAGAGGUAACUCAUCAGGAUGGUACAUCACCUGCUGUUGCGCCCCUACCAUCGCCCCGGAUGAUCACGGAAGAUGCCUCUCAACCUACAUCAGUCAACCCAGCGGAGAUACCAGAACAGCUAAACGAUGACGAUGCUAUGCUCUCAGUCCUCCAAAAACGAUUAUGCAGCUACAAGCCUGUCAAAACAAUGGCAGAGGAUCUGGUGCGACAAGCCUCAGCUACUGAAGCAACACACCAAGUAGUCGAUACGGAGCAGCCAAUACUCUCGCCUCCCGUAUGGCAGAAACACCCGACUUCGACCUCGAAGCCAGACUUGCAAGUAGAUAGCAUACCUCCUACAUCACCCACUUCUGUGCAAGUAGCGGCCUCUCCAGUACCCUCAAAUGGAAGUCAAAAUGGCGAUGGAGAGAAAAAGCCCAUGUCAGCGCAAGCUAAGCGACGAGCUGCGCACGCACGAAGGAUGCAACUCGCUUUUGGUGACGGAUCGACGGCUUGA